AUGUCCACUGCUUCAUUCGCUCCCCGCACUGUCGCCCUCACGCCGAACACCCGGUUCGCCAAGGCCCGUGUUGCAGCUCCCCGUCGCAUCUCUCAGCUCGUGAGGGCCGAGCAGAGCCCACUCGGAGACGCACAGCAGACCCUGAAGGAGGCCGAGCAGACAAUUGCAGAGACCACCUCAGCUGCCGUCAACAAUGUUGAGCAAGCAGCUAGGGCUCCUGUGGAACCUGCAAAGGCGCCUAGUUUCGGAGAUGCCAUGGCUUUCAGCGGCCCAGGUCCCGAGGUUAUCAACGGCAGACUGGCCAUGUUGGCCUUUGUUGCUGCCGCCGGCGCUGAGCUGGCAUCCGGCGCUCCAGUGGCCGCCCAGCUCAAGGAGGCUCCCAUCCUCAUCGGCAUCACCUUCUUCCUCUUCUCUGCUGCCAGCCUGAUCCCCAUCCUGAAGGGUGCCAAGCUGGACAAGAGCGUGGGCCCAUUCAACCCCCGUGCAGAGCUCCUGAACGGCCGCAUCGCCAUGCUCGGCUUUGCCGCCCUUUUGGCCUCAGAGUGGGUCAACGGGGGCGCCCUGCUCUAG